AUAGAAUACUGCACAGUAUUUGAACCGGUGUACUGUGCAACAGUUCGAUUGCAGAAUGAAUGCCUAACAAUGGGUGAUUUCUUUUUCAUUUGUCUUGAAGAAAUCAAAAAUAGUCAGAUGGCAAUCACCCUAGUUGCAGCUAUGAAGAACAGGCAGAAACUGUUGGUCGAGGGAACACCAUUCCUAGCUGCUCUGAAUCUGGACCCGCGCAUUAAUUAUGUGCAAUCUGAUUUGAUUUCCGACGAGCAAAAGAAUAUCGGACUUCAACAUCUGCUACAGCUUUGGUCAAAGAUGAGUGUCUCGUUGGAUUCAUCUGAAACCUUCGUUGCAACGCCAUCCUCCUCGCAAACGCUUGCAGAAGAAACUACCGAAAACUUAACUCUAUCUAGAGUUGAAGCAAUGCUGCGAAAGAAGGAAGCUAACCCUGAAAAUCGCAAAAUAGAUAUGGAGAAAAAACUUAAGGAAAUGCCGCUUCGCUGUCGGUUGUCGUCGACUGCCAGUGUAAUUGAAUAUUUCUAUAAUAUCAGAAGCACAGAUCCGAUGAUUUACUCUUUGGCAAAAGUACCAUUGUCCGUACCAAGGACUCAAGUAUCAACAGAACGCGCAUUCAGUGCGUUAGGUUUAAUUUUGACGGACAAAAGAAUGCGUCUGUCGGACAAAAAUUUGGCUAAUGUAAUCGUUAAGCUCUAUGAAGAGCUGUUUGAAUAA